ACCGCCUGCUUGCCCACUCUGUCAAGUCGUCAACGAGCAAGCUAACGGCUAGCUUAUCCUUACCUGGCCUUAGCCGCUUGCUAAGCUGGCUAGUUUUUGCAUAUAUUGACGAGUGUCCACUCUGUAUUCUAGUUUGACGAUAAGACAAUGGAAGAGAAAGAGCUGAGUGAUCCCCUAAACAACAUAUCACUGAUUAAAGAUGAUCUCACUAGGUCAAAUAUGGGGUCCUCAAGUGACUACGAAAAAACAAUCCAGCGCUUGAAUGAUGAGCUUGGAAAGGCCCAGGAUCAGGCCAACGCAGAGAGGCACAAAUGCAUGGAGCUAGAAGGUAUCCUCGAUAAAGAGAGAAAAGACAAGAAACAACAAGCUGAUGAAUCUGCAAAACAGAUCAAAUUUCUUCAAGGCCAGCUGCGGCAGCUCCAAGAUGAAAUGGAUGUCCUCCGAGAGCAGACAGACGUCUCUCCUAGUUUACAUGACGAGCUACAAAGUUCACGUGAUGAGUUGAAGUCACUGAAACGCGCACUGGAGGCAGCUUCCGCUGAGCGGGACCGUGACAUCAGCGCAAUUGAGUUUAACCUGGCAACCGUCUCCAAGGAUUUGGACAAAUGGCGUCAGACUGCCAGCGAAUACGAGCGUGAGCUCAAUGACCUACAGCAGCAGGGCAAGCAAUGGCAGAAAACUGCAGAAAUACAAGCCAAUGAGCUGCAGUCCCUGCAGGUGGAGUGUAAUGGCCUUCAGAAGGAGUGUUCUAGUCUGAGAGCUGAGAAACAGGAAUUAGAGAGUAAGCAUCAGAAAGAAAAGGCCAUUCUGCAAAGUGAGUGCACUUCCCUCAGGGCAGAGAAAGACGAACUCCAUAAGGUCCACCAGAAAGAGAAGGGAAACUUGCAGCAAGAAAAUGUCGCACUGUGUGCUAAAAAUGAGGCAAUGCAGCAGAAACAGCAGCAGAUGGAGAAAGACCUUGUCAGUGCGCGUGCCCAGAAUGCAGAGCUGAGCAACAGUCUAAAAGACCUUGAGAGAACUCAGCAGGAGUUGGAAAAGAAGCUGGUGGCUUUGGAGCUCAAGCACCAACAGGAUAGCAGCAAGCUACGGAGCCAACUGGAUGAGGCAGAUAGCUGCAGGGAGACACUGCAGGGAGAGUAUGAGGAGACCAAGACGGAGCUGACUGAUCUAAAGGGAGAAUAUGAGAAGGCUGAGCAGGAGAAGCAGUCACUUGUCAAUGAACUGCAGGACUGCAAAGCCAACAUGAAGGAAUUAGAGGAGAAAGGAACAAAGACAUCUCUAAUGCUGCCUGUUCAAGCCAUAGUCAUCGGCCUUGUCCUGGCUUUGCUGUUAUGGUGCUUCGGCGCAUUGUGGUAGUAAGAAGCCAUGGAUGAUCUGGGGGCCUGUGGUUGCUGUGGCUCUAACAGCAAUGACUGCUGCUGCACUCUUUAAGACCUGAGGGCCACACAUAGGUGGCUCACACACACAAACCCACUUCACAUGCACACAGAAAAUCUACAGGUAGUUGUCGUAAGAUUUCUCUAUACUGAAACUGACAAAAAUGACACACAAUAUUAUCUGCACUGUUAAUUAGGAGGAGCCAUACUUACCACUGUUUAAAUACCUUGAAAGUUUGAUUUUUGAUGAAAGCUGUGUUAAUAAAAGAGUCGUUUAAAUGUUUGUUUGCAAAUGACUAGUUGAAUAUCUUUUGGCCGAUUUGAACAAAUAUUGAGCUGUAAGAUGUCCAUUAAUGAAUGUAUAUAUUGUCUACACACUAAUUGUAAUUAUAUACAAUAAUAGUUUGGAUGGCUUAUUUGCAGCUAAAGCCUGCCAUAAUAUAAGUGUGUAGUUGUCAGCACAAUAAACAUUGUCAAAAAGUG